CCAACCCUGUAAUCUUCACACUCGCUCACUCAUACUCCAAAAGCUUCAAAUCUCUUUAACAUAAUACAACAAAUUUAGCAUUUGAUCCUCACAAACAAAGCCAUGGCCGCUCUUAAGAUGGUUAGCGUUAUUGUUGUGGUGUGCAUGCUGGUUGCAGCUCCAAUGACUGCACAAGCCAUAACGUGUGGUCAAGUGGCGAGUGCACUCUCCCCAUGUGUUAAUUACCUCAAGACAACUGGGGCUGUCCCUCCUAGACCAUGCUGUAAUGGAGUCAGGGCCAUCAACGCCGCUGCUAGAACCACCGCCGACCGUCGAACGGCUUGUCAGUGCUUGAAAUCAGCUGCCGGAAGCAUCAAGGGAAUCAAACAACCAACCGCAGAUGCUCUCCCCCGUAAAUGUGGAGUUAACAUUCCUUACAAGAUCAGCUUCUCUACAAACUGCGCCAACGUCAAGUGAAGAGGAUAGAGCAGCGAUUUUGGACGCUGAGAUGGAUCAGGUAGAGAAGAAUAAAUGAAUAAUAAUAAAGCCUCAAGCUUAGGAAAAGCUUACUGGCUCCAUCGCAUGGCCGGGUCGUUGGUUAGUUAGCCCUGUUUUGUACGGUUCAUUUACUAUCUUUUGGGACGCUAUUUUGGGUCCUUUGUCAGAAAUAAAAUCCAUGUUUAUCA